AUCGCCUCUCGAACGCGCAUUGGCCAAAUUCCACGCGCGUUUUUAAGGUACCAUUGGGUGGGGGGAUGCAUGGGUCUAGUCGAAAAGGAAGCCAGCGGCUGGAUGCAUUCGCUCGCGACAAUCCUGCCGAGUUGGUUGGCUGCACGACGCACUCCAAAACCCAGUUGUUGUGAACGUGUUCCCGGUGCGGUGCAAACUCAGUAAAUAAACAUGUUUUCGUACGUCUGCAAACUUCAAAUUAUCGAAGUCGACAAUCAGAAGAACGUCAGGCCUAAAAGGCCGGAGAAUUUGAGUAUGUUGAUCAAGAAGAAGUCGGGCGAUGCCAAGAGGUGUUUGUUCGGCGUGCCAGACCCGAAGGAUACUGAAAGGAUGAUGCAAGAACAACAGGAGAAGGACAAUUUGAGGUUCAAGGAACGAUUCGGUUUUACCGCCGAAGAUUUGGAGAACUUGGAGAAGGAAAAUGAUGAGAAUGUCUUCAAUGGCAAGCCACAAGUGAAAAGUGCGAGGAAAGUACUCAAGGCCAAACGGAAAGUGUUCUCCAGCUUUAAUAAUCAGGCAGUUCUCACAGAUUUCUACAAGGCGAAGAAAUGUGUGAAUGUGGAGCUGAAGAAAGACGCAAAGGAUUGAGAAGACUUACUGAUGUAUGCUUAACAGAAUAUGCUUUAUCCAAAGUUAUUUAGUUUGUAGAAAAAAUGUGACUGUUGCAGUAUAUUGCUUGGGGAAUGUGAUUUUGAUAUAAGUUCUUCUCUUGGUGUUAUAUACUGUUAUUACUGUCUAGUCCUUGAUUGUAUAUAUGUGUAUAGAUUGCUUAUAUUAAAUCUAUUUAACGAUUAAUAAAAAUUAAAUUAUUUAUUA